UGCCGGUGUUUCAGCUUAAAAUGCAGUACUUCAGUCUUGUAUUGUUCUGUUGCCUAGUUAGCGUCAGCUUCGGAGUUAACCACAACGAUAAUAAUAAAUGCCUCUUCGACAAACAAUGCUCCCUAUUGUAUGGUGACUCCUGUAUCUGCUAUAAAGGAGGCGCAUACUACGGAAAAUGUUACUGCAGUGUGGAUUUGGGAUGCCUCAAGAAUGAAGAUUGCAAGGGUAAAGGAAAACCUAAUCAAAUCUGUGUGUGUCUAAAUAACAAGGGCAAAGGAGAAUGUUCCUGCUAUGAUCCUCUAUAUUCACCUAGAUCAGGACUAAUUCCAAAUUCACCUUAACUACAAGACGUUUUAGCUUCCUUAAAUCUUCCUGCUUUACACCUUUUUCAAAUAACUUAAGUCUUUUAAAGGAGUUCCUCAGGGAUGUAUUUUGGGACCAACUAAAUUUAGUUAUUUCAGUUCUCAUUUCUACGUUCAUUAACAGUAAGUCUUAUUGUCAUUGAAGAUUUAUUGGUGCUAUUCAAAUUUCUACUUUUCUGUAUCUUGUAUUUUGUUAAAAAUAUAGGUGUGUUUUUCUUGUUAAGUAAUUACAGAUUUUUUAUCAUUAAACAAAAUUUU